GAAAAUUUAUGGAAAUCUGUGCUCUAAAGUAAUUAACCUUGUUAAUCACCGAAAUUGAAAAUAGUUAAUUUAAUUGUUAACUAUUUAAAUUCAAAGAUGCCGUCUUUAUUGAAAGCCUUAGCCGAAUUCAAAGAAGCCAUAAGUAAUGAAAAUCUGACAGUUGUGCAUUUUUCUGAGGAAUGGGCUGAACAAUGUAAGCAGAUAGACGAUCUUUUAGAUCUGCUCUCUAAACAAGAUGAAUAUUCAAGCAUAAAAUUCUUCAAAAUCCUAUCCACUGAUAUGCCAGAAGCUGCCCUGCAGUAUAAAGUAACUGCCGUUCCUACUGUUCUUCUCUUCCGUAAUGAUCAAUUGGUUGAUAGUAUACAAGGGGUGGAUCCCAAAACUAUCACUCAGAAGAUCAUGAAAUAUAAAGACUGCGGAUCUUUGGAAGAAAGACUGAAAAGUUUGAUAAAUCAUUCUAAGGUGAUGCUUUUCAUGAAAGGCUCCAAAAUUCAGCCGAGAUGCGGAUUCAGUAGACAAAUAGUUGAAAUUUUGGAGGGCCUGGGAGCAAAUUAUGAAACCUUCGAUAUCUUAACCGAUGAAGAAGUUAGACAAGGACUCAAAACUUAUUCUGACUGGCCAACCUAUCCACAAUUAUAUAUAAAUGGAGAAUUGGUUGGUGGAUUAGAUAUUGUGAGGGAAAUGAAUAGUAGUGGAGAGUUGAAGAAAAUGUUGAGUGCUUAAUUAUUUAAUUUUUUUUAAUAAUAAAGUAGUGCUGCAUUUUU